UUCACACCGGCGCCAGGGGAUGCGCCGCAGGAGGAGGUGAUGGAAGUGGAAAUUUGAGUUUCGAUGGAGAAGAGGGCGACGCCGAAGAGGAGGACGACGACGGCGAGGGACGAGGAGGAGCGAGAGCUCAUGGAACAUCAACAAUAGCGAGGUUUGCAGUGGCGGUGGCUCUGCUGCUGCAGCAGUAGUGAGUAGAGAGAAUAGAAAGGGGGGCAGCGAACCCCGCUUGCCGUGCUCGAACACGGCGAUGAUUGCGUGCUGACGGCGGCCGCUCUCUGGCUCCACGGGAUUGUGCGAUGGUAUCAUGGCCGUAGGCAUGAAGAAGAGAGGUUAGUACUACUACAAGCCGGCUCUCGCGAACUCGAUCGAUCGCGUCCAUGGCGUCUCGGAGUUUCGGAGACUCUGUGGCUGGGGUUAGAGAUGAAGAAUUGACGUAUUAUUUUAAUUUUUUGUUGGAAAUGUGAUGCGCGAGCGGAUGUGUUCCGUGGAGUGGAGUGAAGUGAUGCGGUGGUGGCGCGGCGCUUGUUUUUGUCUUUGAGGCGGAGUGGGGAGGGGGGGGGAUGUGUUGUAUCAGAUAGUGCUUUGCGUUAGUUUGGAUACUUGUUUAUUCUGUGUGGUGAAGUGGCGCGGUAGAGAGGGGAGGGAGGAGGAGGAGGAGGAUAAGUUAGACUCUUGGCGCUCAAUUUCCUUCUGCCUGAAGGUCUAAUACGAGUACAGAUGCCGGGGGUGAUGGCGUGUGUUUGUUUUUGAUUCGAGGAACGGUUGUUGUAAUCCGAGGAUGCUAUGUCGUGAGAUUAAGGUUUGGUUACUUAGGUGUUGUAGCGGUCUGGGGAGAAGGACGUUUUCAAGAGUUGAGAGGCAAUGCCAUGGCUCAGAGAAGACUGAAUGGAGAAGGUUCAGCGGAAGCUCUUGAAUUAUUGAUCGCAUGUUUGUCACUUUCACAAUCACGUCAGGAAUGCUGGCAGGACGUAGUACAAUAUAGACGUGCUGGUUACAAUAUCUGGGCGUGGGAAAUGCCACUGCGUACGAUCGAUUUCUGCCGCAAGACUUGAUUCUGCCUUGGCAUAGAUAGGGCUUGCUUCAUUGAACUCCUGCCGCUACCACACGGCGUACACUGUCUGCAAAUAAGAAAGCUGCAUGCUCUUUGACUGGAGAGUUUCUGGUGAUUCUGGAGCGAUUUCGGUGGAGGUGACCGACGCAUUGAAUCAUGGAUUUGUCCUCUGAUAUUGGUCAGGAUGGGGGUUCUCUUAAAAAAGGUCCAUGGACAUCUGCUGAAGACUCGAUUUUGAUUUCAUAUGUGACCAAGCAUGGGGAGGGUAACUGGAAUUCCGUGCAAAAACACUCUGGUCUGUUCCGCUGUGGAAAAAGCUGCCGACUACGUUGGGCCAAUCAUCUGCGUCCUAACCUCAAGAAAGGCGCCUUCACUCCGGAGGAAGAGCGCACUAUCGUCGAGCUACAUGCCAAGCUUGGCAACAAGUGGGCGCGCAUGGCUGCCCAACUUCCCGGACGAACUGACAAUGAGAUUAAAAACUACUGGAAUACCCGGAUAAAACGAAGGAUGCGAGCAGGAUUGCCAGUAUACCCUGCGGAGAAGGCAAAAUCCAGCCCUACUCAGUAUUAUGGAAAGCCGUCAGAUGGAAGGAGCUUCAUAUCUGGGGAGGACGCAGAUUGUGAUUUCAUUUCAAGCUUCCCUCAGCCAGGUGAUCAUUUGCACAACCUUCACGCAAUCAAUGAAUGUGACCAUAGCUUGACAAGAAAUUGUUUGUCUAUGAUCCCCAUGGGCGCCCUUGCACCAAGUACCACAAAUCAAGGGACCAACCAAGUGUUGAACAAGACCAUUGGUAAUCCCUUUGAACAAAUAGAAGUCUUCAGGAACAGCCACCACGGGAGGAGUGGUAUAGGCAAUGGAAAUGUGUCUUUCGCACAGCUCGCCGACGGAGGCAACUUGAAUUUUCAAACUGAUUUCAAUUCAUCCAGCCAAGGUUGCGAUCGAGGCACUACUACAAGGGAUGUGUUACCAGGAUUUGGGAAUGAACCCGAACGAAACAUGAUGCUUUAUGAUCGGAUGUCUGCCUAUGGAAAUCUAAAUUUACUUUUUAAACCUCCAGUGUCGAAUGCCAGCUUGAAACUGGAGCUCCCUUCAUGCCAAUCAGCGGAGUCUGCCGACAGCGCAGGCACGCAGCGGUCUUCGAUUACCAAUCCUAGUCCGCUCAUACCUUCUACCAAUAUUUUAUCAGAAUCUGAGAGCUAUGGCUCAAAUGCCAGCAACUUUCUUGAGACCUUAAUGCAGGAUGCGCAUCCGACAGAAGGGCUUGGGCAGGUUCGCUUUAGCAUGGAUAUUAUUGACCAGCUGAUGGCUCUCACAUCUGGAAACACGAACCCAGAGGUUGCAGCCCUUGUUUUGAGUCCUCAAAAGGGUAGGUGGGGUGAGAAUAGCGAUCCCACUACACCGCUGGCGGGUCGGACCUUUUCUGAUCAUAGUGAAGAAGUGUCACCGAUGUGUCCAACUGUACCUCAACUUGUAGCACCAAAAAACGAAGACAGCGUAAGAGAGAUGCCGCGCGAAGGGAUACAACAGGUCUGCACUGAUGAGGACUUCCUGACGCUGUUAGACUUGGCAAAUCCUGAUUCAGUUCAUGGAUGGUACGGGUCUUCGGAAUAUUAUUCUGCUGGAGGUGUUCCAUGUGCCCCGCUUCUUGAUAUCAUGGUUCCUGUACCAGAGCAUCUACAGAUGGCCGGGGGGUUGAACAGCCAAACCACCAAUACUCAGAGCGCCCCUAAUAACGUUUGGGAGCUUGAUGUGGGCACUUGGAAUACUGCAUCAGUUGGUCGUCACCUAGGAGAAUUCUCCUCUGUUGAGUACAGGCCACAGGCCUCGGUUGGGGAUCAGAAGGUUGAUCGCCGUGCCACAUGCUGAAGGGAUAUCUUUUUCAUCGGAGUCUCUUGUUGCAUGUUCAAGGCUGACUUAGUUUUGGUCUGCUAGCAGCUGUUGCUUGUUAGCCAUGCUAGUUGUGCCUUGCAUCAGCACCGGACAGCUGAGAUCGUGCUGAUCAGGAAGUCGAUGGUCUGUCCUUGCAACCCGUUUGUCGCGUUGCAUAGUAUGAACGAGUUAUAGCGGAGGAUUAAUUCCCAAACCCAAGUGCUGAAGAGCCUGCUUUAUGAUAUAUGUCCAUCGUUCUUUUUAUCUUUGUUUACAUCUAUUUUAUGUGUUUUAUUUAUUUAUUUUUUGUUGCUUCACUAGCCCAGUCUUCACUCUAUUAUUGCAGUCGAUUCCCUUGAAGGUAUCUCGUGACUUAUGGUACUAUUGAUUCAGGAAGUCGGAAUAAGUCCACUGGCUUCUUGUUACAUUUUGAAUAAAAAACUAUCUAUUCCGAAGCA